UCCCAUUUGAACACGUAUUAUACAAGAAAUCAUUCUACGGACCUUGAUUUAUGUUAUCAUUGUUUGUUUCUGUUAUGUGGCAACAAUUGAUUGUUGUCAAUUUAAAGCGGAUGGUUAAUAAUUUCUAGUAAUUUCUGGGAGCGAUAUAAAAAAGCAUGGCUUUGAAAAAUAUCUGGACGUUGAUUAGGAAUGUGAAAUGCCAACAUUUUCCCGUAUUAGCUACUUAUAAUUGUGUGCGGCUACUUAGCAUAUCUUCCCUUCGUUUUUUGAAAGAGAGUAGGUCAUUUAUUCAUAGGACAGAAACAUCUAAUCAAAUUGUAAUAGAAGGAGUUAAAGUGAAAUCUGAUCGUGAGGGAAAAGUUAUAAACUUAGCAAAUCGAAGUGGUUGUCCUUUGUGUCGUGUUGGAUUAAAGAACUUAAAACAUACAGUCUCAUACCAAAAAAACCUGGGACACCACUUUUUGGAGACUGGGAAAAAUACAAUACAUAUUUUAAAAAAUUCUAAUUUGUUUCCUAUCAGUAAUAAUAAAAAUGUGUAUUUAGAUGAUUAAAAUAAAAUAUUUCACCCUACAUCUCUAAUUGUUUCUAAUAAUAGACAAAGUAUCUUUUAGUGAUCUGAAAUUGGCAGAGUGUUUGAGGAAUCUGAACUACAUUAAUUCAUUUUUAUUGCAGCUGCUAAAUUUUAUACGUUUUCAGAGGAACAGCCAUAAAUGUUUAAAUUGUAAGCAAAAAUUAAUUGUAUGAGACAAGUUUUCUUAAGAUUAAUGGUAACAAAAACCAAAAAAUAUUAUAGGCUGUAUAUGUGUAUAAUCAUUCUGAACAGCUGUUUUAAAAAUAGAUGCAUUUCUCAAAAUCAGACUUGAAUGAAUGAAGUUUUAUUGUAUUAUAGUAGUAAAAUAGCUAGCUUAAAGAUGGUGACACAAGUAAGUUAGGUUAAAAUUAUUUGAUGUAAAAUGUCAUAUCGUAAGGUUGGACAUCUGCAAACAACAUAACCUUGAAAUAUUAGCGAUUUUGUAUCAGCAUCAUAUAUUUUUUCCGUGCAAAAAUGUCAAGCUUUAAGCUGAAUAAGUGUCAUUUGUGGAAAUUAUUGAUUUACUUUUUGAAAUUAAAGAAAUCUGCAGCUGGAGUGCAUCAAUUGCUUGUAGAAGUGAGUGAGGCUGCCUUAAGUGAGAUAAGUUGUUAUGAGUAGUUUUAAAAGUUUAAAAAUAUGAAUUUGAGACAAAGAACAUAAUGGAAGGCCGAAAGUGUACAAAGAUGUGGAAUUGGAAGUAUUAUUGGAUGAAGAUUCAUGCCAAACACAAGCAAAGCUUGUACUUACAUUAGGAGUGAUUCAAAAGCAAGAAAAUUCAUUUCCUUAUGAACUAAAGCCGAGAAAUGUUGAACCCCAAUUUUUAACAUGUGAAAUGUUGCUUCCCAGGCAUAAAUGAAAGGUUUUUUUCCCUGCAUCAUAUAGUUACUGGUUAUGAAAAAUGGAUCAUUAUGGUAACCCAGAGAAGAGGAAAUCGUGGAAACCACUUAGCAAUGCUUCAAAUUUUGCAACCAAGCCAUUCAUGGAAAUAAAAUCAUGUUGUAUAUAGGGUGGAAUCUGCUUGGUGUUAUGUAUUGAGUUGCUCAACUGAAAGAAAACAAUGACUGGUGCUCUCUACCAAACACAGCUGAUGAGAUUGAGCCGAACACUCAAGAAGAAGCAUACCCACUACCAUGGCAAAUACGAGAAAAUUAUUCUCCUGCAUGAUAAUGCUCACCCACAUGUUGUGGCACUGGUUAAAACAUACGUGAAAACACUGAAAUAGGAAGUUUUACCCACCUGCCGUAUUCACCUGACAUUGCUCCUUUUGAUUACUACUUGUUUUGAUUGUGACGUAUAGCCUGUAUCAGCAGCGCUUUGCAUCAUAUGGAGAUACCAAAAAACAGGCCGAUUCGUAGAUAGUCGCAAAAGAUGAAACAUUCUUCCAACACAGUAUCCAUAUGCUGCCAGAAAGAUAAGAAAACAUAGUGGCUAGUGAUGGACAAUACUUCGAAUAAACAUAAUGUAUCGUUCUAGCAUAAUAAAUGCCCAAAUUUUAUUUAAAAAAAAAA